GUGAGCAGAGCCCAGGAAUGCCUUAUGUGGAUCGGCAGAACCGAAUCUGUGGGUUUCUGGACAUCGAAGAGAAUGAGAACAGCGGCAAGUUUCUGCGAAGAUACUUUAUUCUGGACACCCAGGCCAAUUGUCUUCUCUGGUACAUGGACAACCCCCAGAACCUGGCAGUUGGGGCAGGAGCUGUUGGAUCUUUGCAGCUGACCUACAUCUCAAAGGUGAGCAUAGCCACCCCAAAGCAGAAGCCAAAAACUUCAUUUUGCUUUGUCAUCAAUGCUCUCUCUCAGAGAUAUUUUCUUCAAGCCAAUGAUCAGAAGGAUCUGAAGGAUUGGGUUGAAGCCCUGAACCAAGCCAGCAAGAUUACCGUACCCAAAGGUGGAAGUUUGCCCCCGACUACUGAAGUCAUCAAGAACCCUGCAGUUCCUGCAGCCUUGGAGAAGAAGCCCCAGGUGGCCUACAAGACAGAGAUCAUCGGAGGGGUGGUGGUACACACACCCAUCAACCAGAAUGGUGGGGAUGGGCAGGAAGGGAAUGAGCCGGGAUCCCACGCCAUCCUUCGAAGGUCUCAGAGUUACAUCCCCACCUCAGGCUGCCGUGCUUCUGGGCCUCCCCUCAUUAAAAGUGGCUACUGUGUGAAGCAAGGGAAUGUGCGGAAGAGCUGGAAACGUCGCUUCUUUGCCCUUGACAACUUUACCAUCUGUUAUUUCAAGUGUGAACAGGAUCGAGAGCCACUACGCACCAUAUUUCUAAAGGAUGUUCUCAAGACCCACGAGUGUCUGGUCAAGUCUGGUGAUCUCUUAAUGAGAGACAACCUGUUUGAAAUAAUAACAAACUCCAGGACGUUCUACGUACAGGCUGACAGCCCUGAAGACAUGCACAGCUGGAUUAAGGAGAUCGGGGCAGCUGUCCAGGCCCUCAAGUGCCACCCUAGAGAACUUUCCUUUUCCCGAUCCAUUUCUUUGACUCGGCCUGGAAGCUCCAGCAUCUCAGGUGGGCCAAACUCUGUUUUACACAAAGGGCGGCCACCUGUAGAAGAGAAAAAAAGCCUCAUCUGCAAAGGCCCGUCCACGGUCUCCAUGGUCUCCUCCUGGCAACCUUGGACACCUGUACCCCAGGCUGGGGAAAAGCUGCCUCCAGCUGAAGAGACUCUGGAGGACUCUUUGUUCACGUCUCGACUGGGGGACAGCAGUGCUGCUAGCAUGUUGCCAAGCUCCCGGCUGAGGCAUAGAUCGGAGCCACAGCACCCUAAGGAGAAGCCAUUCCUGUUCAAUCUUGAUGAUGAAAAUAUACGGACCUCUGAUGUGUGA